AUGAAAUCCUUUAUCGCCCUCGUUAUCGCGUCACUUACCGUGGCAGCUCAAGGGUCUUAUCUUCCAACCAUCAACACCGCUGCGGUGGCCUGGCCCUACUCAUCGGCAAGGAACUCGUGGAACGGCUGGAACACCUGGGACAAUCAGCACCACCACGACGACGGUCUGGUGGCCUAUCCAUACGUGAACGAUUGGUCCUCGGCACCAGUUGCAUCUGCUUACGGGCCAUCCGGUCUGUAUGGACACAAGACCGUUGUUCAGGAAAAUCUCGGUGGCCAUGCCUACCCGUGGGGUCUGCCAUGGGGAACCUACGGUGCCGGAGGAUAUGGAGGUCACCACGGAUGGGGUAAGAGCGUUGUUCCAGUGUCGAAGAUGAUUGCCGCCACCCCCGGAUCGCUUCACGUUGCCCCGGUGCCAGUUGGUGGGAAGGAGGAUGCUUACUAG